GUUUAUGAUGCACCUUUUUGUCGUAUGCCCCUUUUAUGGAAAGGGGGCAACAGGUGGCGGGGGAUGUUACGCCUACUGUUAGCAAGAUGUAAUAGAUUAAUCCAAUUAACACUGCUAUAAUACUAUACUUAUUACGGGUAUGUUAUAAAAUGGCUUCUCAAGAGGAGCUUGCGCUGGUGGAGGAUUGGAAUGCAGUGCAGGCGUCUGGCGAUAUCAAAAGGCGGCAGGCAUGGUUCGCAAAAGCGUUCACUUUCCUCAACCGUCCGGAACACAAGAACCACUGGUGGUGCUCCCAUAAGCAGAUCAUCCAGGCUCUCUCCGAGGUGCUUUUGUACGAGCAGCAGCCGGUGGUUCGGGCGCUGUGGGGUGAGACCAGCCGCCAGCUGGCGGAGUGCUCCGAAUGCAUCCGGCACUACCGAGCAGCGCAGCCGAGCUACACAACCUCCCUGGAGCACAAAAAGGCCCGCACGCUUCUAGACGUCCUAGCACGUCGCGACGCAGAGCGCGUCGCCAGCUGGCUUGCAGAAGCCGAAAUAGCACAGCAACUGCACCAACAGCAACAGGACCCAGAUGGCGUAGCAGCAGCCUGGGUACCGCCCCAAAAGGUGGUCUUGGGCCUCUUCGAGGCGCUUUCGCACCCGCAGCUGCUGGCGGAUGCUGACGUGGCAAGGCGGCUGGUGGAGGCGCUGCGGGUGCUGGCGAGGGAAGUGACCCCUGGGUCGCUGUCGGCGGAUCUGGCGGAGGGCGGGCGGUUCCCGGGGCUGUACCUGCUGGCGGGGCAUCCGGAGGAGUGGGUGCGGUCGCUGGUAGUCCCGGCCAUCCAGCGGCUGGGACCCAUACCCACAUGGGAGGAGGCCCAGGAGGCGCAGCUAGAUGCCGUACUGACGCAGUGGACGAAACAGAUGCGUCGGGAGCUGGCGCCACUGACCCAUGGGUCACCGCCGCCGCCAGCGUCUACGACGGGUCCUGGCGGGCGGCCGCUGUUCGUACAGCCGCUGGAUUCCCUGUGGCUGGGGCUGAAGGUGCUGCUGCAGGCGUUACAGCCGCCAGCCAUGAUGGGCGCUCUGGCGGCGGCGCCAGACCUGCCGUCGGCGCUGUUUGCGCACGUGCUGACGUGGCGACAGCGCGCCGCCGACGGCGCCGCUGCGAAGGCGGCAGGUACGACAGCGGAAGCCGCGGCGCCGCAACCGCCAAGUUCUUUUCGCCAUUUGCUUGGGUGUCUGAUGCCUUUGGCCCGGCGGAUGAGCGGCGGCGAGCUGACGGCGGCGUGUACGGCAGCUUUGACGGCGGCGGCGGCAGUCGCUGGUAGCGGCAACGGCGCUGACGUCGAGCCCGGUGUGGUUGCUGUAACGGCCGCACUUGCUGACGCUGCAUCCAGUACUACUGACGUCUCUUUCCACAAGCUCAUCACGGACCUAGGCGGCCUGCUGCUGGGGGCCCUGUGCCGCGACCCAGCUAUCCCGUCUCGACCCCUACGACACAUCCUGCACCUUCUGCUACGGCAAAUCCACGGCGCCUCCUUCGCAUUGCCGUACAACGGCGGGGCAUACGUGCCGUACAAUGCGCUGUGCCGUGCAACCGCCGCCCUGGCGGCGUUUAGCGGCGUGGCGGCGGCGGUUGGCGGCGGCGGUGGCCGUUGUCCUGCGUUCGCAUCGGACUUGUACGGGCAGGCUGCGGUACAGGCGGUGAUGACGCUGCCGGCGCCUCCGGGGGGUGCAGCCGCGGCGGCGGCGGCAGCAGCGGCUGCCGCCGCGGCUGCAGCGGUGUCUCCUGCAGGGGUGUUGGAGAGACGCAUGGUUGAGGGCGCGGCUGACGUGCUGUGUAUUGUACUGCAGGCAGAUGCGACCGCUCUAGCGGCGGUCCUGGACCCCUCACGAGCCGUCAACGCCGGGUUUCCCGCCACUCCCAACCCCACCGCCGCCAGCAGCCGCCGUCGCAUCUGCCCCGCCGCCGCUGACGCCCUCGCUGACCCUUACGACGACAUUCGUACGGCAACAACCACCCUAACCACCAACAACGCCGUGACCAGCAUCGCAACACCCGCCUCUCUGGGAGGCCUUGCCGUCGGCGCCGCUGCCAGCGGCGCCACCACUGCCGUCGCCACCGCUGCUUGCGAGCGUGCCUUGGCCACCCUAGACAGCUACUGCUGUACCCCCGCUGCUUACCUGGCAGUGGCAGGGUGCCCCCAUCCGACGGUGGCGCUAGCGCUUCUGCUGGCAGCGGGGCAUUUGGCGGAGGUGGACGGCCCGACGGCGGCGGCGGCGGGAGCGAUGGGUGAGGAAGCUGACGGUGCCGGUGGUCCGACUUCGUCGUCAUCGUCCUUCCUGGCGGCGACUCAGUGGCCUGUACGGCCGAGGCUAGAUGGGCCCAACGGUUGUGCGGUUGCCGUACGACAAUGCCCGGGGUUGCUUUUGGAGCAGUUGCGACAGGCAGCGGUCGUACACCUGCAGCGAGCAGCGGCUGAGGCGCACGUGCUAGGCAUCGCAGCGGACCGGCUGCCCGGCGGCCCGCUGGCGCCGCUGCCGCCUCCGCGCGCCGACCUGCCGCCGCCUGCUGACGUGGCGCGCGACGUGGCGGCGCGGACGGAGGGAGCGGCGCUGUCGGCGUUGCUGCGGCUGGUGUGCGGAGCGCAUGCGGGGCUGCGGUCUGCAGCAGAGGCGGCGCUAGUAUCCCAC